AUGUUUUUUGUGGUGCCAGUCAUGCCGCAUGCCGCCAGUCGCCGCUCCGCGGGCUGCUCGCAGUUUCGCACGGGCCUGGAGCGGAUCUCGCCGUCGCCGCUGGCGGGGUACACAAAAAGCCUCAAUACGAGGUUUGCACGCCUAAGCCCGCGGCUGUCGGCCCAGCGCCGCCAAGCUGCCCGCGACUCGCCUUGGUACCGGGUGACGACUGGUCUCGACCCGAUCGAACUUAACGGUGAGCUCUGGUUCGAGAAUGACGAGUUCGAGUCUCGUGUAGGGUCCCGUGGUUCUGUACGAUUCAAGCAAUCCAAUUUGAAGCCGAGCUUCGACACGAUCUCUAAGCACAUUGAACCUACCGAGUUGUCUACUAAGCACGGUGAACCUACCGAGUUGUCUACUAAGCUCGGUGAACCUACCGAGUCGUCUACUAAGCACGUUGAACCUACCGAGUUGUCUACUAAGCACGUUGAACCUACCGAGUUGUCUACUAAGCACGUUGAACGUACCGAGUCGUCUACUAAGCUCGGUGAACCUACCGAGUUGUCUACUAAGCUCGGUGAACCUACCGAGUUGUCUACUAAGCACGUUGAACGUACCGAGUCGUCUACUAAGCUCGGUGAACCUACCGAGUCGUCUACUAAGCUCGGUGAACCUACCGAGUUGUCUACUAAGCACGUUGAACCUACCGAGUCGUCUAAUAAGCUCGGUGAACCUACCGAGUCGUCUACUAAGUUCGGUGAACCUACCGAGUUGUCUACUAAGCACGUUGAACCUACCGAGUCGUCUAAUAAGCUCGGUGAACCUACCGAGUCGUCUACUAAGUUCGGUGAACCUACCGAGUCGUCUACUAAGCACGUUGAACCUACCGAGUUGUCUACUAAGCACCUCGGUGAACCUACCGAGUCGUCUACUAAGUUCGGUGAACCUACCGAGUCGUCUACUAAGCACGUUGAACUUACCGAGUCGUCUACUAAGCACGUUGAACCUACCGAGUCGUCUAAUAAGCUCGGUGAACCUACCGAGUCGUCUACUAAGUUCGGUGAACCUACCGAGUUGUCUACUAAGCUCGGUGAACCUACCGAGUCGUCUACUAAGUUCGGUGAACCUACCGAGUUGUCUACUAAGCUCGGUGAACCUACCGAGUCGUCUACUAAGUUCGGUGAACCUACCGAGUUGUCUACUAAGCUCGGUGAACCUACCGAGUUGUCUACUAAGCACGGUGAACCUACCGAGUCGUCUACUAAGCUCGGUGAACCUACCGAGUCGUCUACUAAGUUCGGUGAACCUACCGAGUCGUCUACUAAGUUCGUUGAACCUACCGAGUCGUCUACUAAGCUCGGUGAACCUACCGAGUUGUCUACUAAGCUCGGUGAACCUACCGAGUCGUCUACUAAGCUCGGUGAACCUACCGAGUUGUCUACUAAGCUCGGUGAACCUACCGAGUUGUCUACUAAGCACGGUGAACCUACCCAGUUGUCUACUAAGAGGAAGAUGUAUUGGUGUUAA